AUGAGGACCGUGUGCUAUCUUCUUCCCCUUCUGUUUAUUCUAGCCUCGGCUGGAAAUUGGUGCCCCUACAACUGGACAUACUUUGGAAACAAAUGCAUCUUUCUUUAUCCAGUGUGGGCCACAUGGGACUCUGCAAAGACUCUUUGCUCUCUGUCGGACUCUCACCUUAUCUCCCUCCGUUCCCAUGACGAUGUGGAAUUUGUUAGUAAAAUGGUGGUUAAACUUGGGGCCCCUGUUUGGACUGGAGGCCAUUCUGUUGAUCAGAGUGCCUCAUGGCUUUGGAGCGAUGGGUCAGAUUUUACGUUCAGAUUUUCGACCAAUCACACAUCAGGGAAGAAUAAGAGUGAUGUCAGGUGCCUGGGCAUAGAAAGUGAAGAUGGUGAAGCAAAGAGUUCCCCUUGUGGUGAGAUGAGGUUUUACAUCUGCUCCAGGAAGAUGAGUGAGCAACAUAAUGACACUGCUGUGGCUCAUUCAGUGGACUGGUUCUCUGGUUCAGCCCUGAUUCCUGGGGUGAGUCUAGUGGCUGUGAUGUGGGCGCACAGUGAGUCAGUGGCAGAGGACAUCCUGCACUCCUCCUCUUUCCUUCGUCAGCUUCAGUCUGGGUCCAUCACAACGAACUGCUACGACCUGUUCAGACAGCAGGAGGCGCUCUACAUGGGGCUGCUGUACAAGAUGCUCGAGGCGCUUUACAUACAGGACACGGAUCCAGACGUGAGGACUCUGCUCCUCCACGAAAAGCAGCGCUACAAGAAGAAUUACUCUAAACAGGUUUGA